AUGGGUCAAAUUUCAUCAGUCACAAUUCUUUUAUUAUUCAUUUUGAGUAAAGAAAUAGCUGAAUUAUCGCCUGUGUUUCUCAUACCUGGAGAUGGAGGCUCCAAGUUGUACGCAAAAUUUAAUAAAUCGAGUCAUUACAAUCUCUGCUUUCAAAAAAGUGGUCAUUAUUUUCUACUUUGGGCACCAUUACGAAUUUUCAUGCCAGUUAUAAAACAAUGCUAUUUCUACAUUUCCAGCUAUGGAUGCAUAAUUACUGCACGAUUUUUGACGAUGCAAACUCGCGAGUGGCGAGAAAAGUAUAUUCGGAGAUUUAUCAGCAUUUCUGGUCCAUACAACGGCUCCACUGAAAGUAUCCGGGGAAUUUUAAUCGGUAUCACUUGUUGA